AUGAAAGCGUUGGCACGUUCAUAUGUCUACUGGCCGGGCAUCGACACAGACAUCGAACGAACAGCCAAAUCAUGCUGCGAAUGCGCACGACAAGCUACAUCACCGCCCAAGUUCAGCAACCAUCACUGGCAGUAUCCAAAUAACCCGUGGGACAGAAUACACGUCGAUUACGCUGGACCCAUAUUUGGAACGAUGUUGCUAAUCGUCGUGGACGCCUUCAGCAAGUGGGUUGAAGUCAAGCCAACCCAAUCAACAACUACUGCUGCAACCAUCCAACUGUUGGAUGACUUGUUUGCCGCGUAUGGAGCACCGGUAACAAUUGUGUCGGACAACGGGACUCAAUUUACAUCUUCUGAAUUCAAGGCGUUCCUACAACAAAGUGGUGUCAAAUUCCACAAGUUGUCUGCUCCAUACCAUCCGGCGACCAACGGACAGGCCGAACGCUACGUCCAAACAGUCAAGCGUGCUUUGCGAGCGAUGGGGACAACUAGCAGCAACCUGCAGACGAACAUCAAUCAGUUUCUGCAGCAGUAUCGCAAAGUUCCCCACAGCGAAACGGGAGAGUCGCCAGCGAAGAUGUUCCUAGGUCGCAACAUCAGGACACGACUCGAUCUAGUUCGACCCCGAGAUGCACACGCUAGACUCAUAGAGAAGCAGCAGACACGAUUCGAACCAACGUAUCGUUCAUUCCUCCCAGGACAACAAAUCUAUUGCUUGUCUGGCAACCCGAGGAUGGACAAAUGGAUUCCUGCAACGAUACUCUCCCGCCUUGGUGAUCUACACUACGACGUCCUUUACCAGGGAAGACAUCUGAAACGACACAUUGAUCAGAUAAGAUCAUUCCUGGGCAACAAUCAACCUACCGGAACUGCGGACGAAUCUGAGACCAUCAGACCAAGCGGAUUCAAUCAACGCAGACACUACUACAACAAUCAAUCGACUCUUCUACCACAGAGUGAAACAGUAUCUACCGAUGGGACUGAGUCAUCCGACUCACAGUACGCGACGCCUGUUAGCAGCCCAGAACGCACUGCAUCUCCCGAAUUACGCCGCAGUGAACGCAUUCGCCGCCCACCAAAUAGAUACUCACCUUAG